GGUAUUUUUUCAAGAACAUGUUUCAUGCCCAAUGUAUCAAACACUUGUUGGUUUGGUUAUAAAAUAAAGUACCUUAAUAUUAUGGAUAGCUUCCAUGUUUCUAUUUUCUUAGCUAAUCUGUUCUUCACCAUACUCACAAAGGUUUUGAAGAUUAGACAAAUACUACUCCGGUACCUAAUAAGCAUCGAGGAAUAGUUUUAAGAACAACUUACCGUUGCGAUGCUUCAAUUUCCAAGAGUGUGCCCUACCAUCUAGAAGCGGGGUAGUGAGGCUUUCGUUAGGUGCUUAGAUCUAGGAAAGAUCUGCAACAUUAACGGCAGCUAGUAAGUACCCAAAUAAGCCUUUGACUUCGCUCCCGAGGGUUGAAGUUCUAAGUUUAAUUGAGCUACCUAUCGGAUUUCGAAUCUAGGUAGGUAGCCGUUGAGAUUAGGCGUUAAGCACCCUUAUUUCGAGACAAUAAACUCAGUACGAGAAGAAUGACGCUCAUAACUCGCGUAUAUCUCGAAAACUCGAUCACAAUCGACGGGCCGACCGGCGUCCUGAACGGCAGCGAUGUGGCCGCUACCGCCAUAGAGGCAUACAAAUGUAAUGUCUACUGUCAGGAUUCCCAAGGAGUAAUACGCGAGUAUGCCCAUUCGCAUGGAUUAUGGACGGCGACAAUUUCGUCGACUUUUAGGGCCAAGAUGUUUAGUCCUUUAGCUGCCGUCAACUUCAACGGGGGUAAGGAGAUCCGUGUCUACUGCGUCUCGGAAGAUGACUACCUUGAGGAGUGGUGUUACUCAUCUGGACUGAACGGUUGGAGCCCCGGAUACCUCACCAAAUCGAAGUUCCGCGUUGAUGCGAACACGAAGCUCGCCGCUGUGUGCUGGCUAGAUAAUGGACAGCCGAAUAUUCGGGUUUAUGCUCAAGAACCGUGCUCUAAUCAAAUACAGGAAUACGUUAAUGGGAAUCCCUGGAAGAAGGGAGCUGUACUCCCAGCCGCUCACACUGGAACAGGUCUUGCCUCGAUAUGCUGGCUGAAUGACGGAAUUCAUAUCCGAGUGUACUACCAGGCUCCAGAUAUGACUCUGAGGGAGUACUGUUGCGAUGGAGGAUGGUUCGCAGGAGAAUUCCGCACCGAGGGAAUGCCACCCUGCACUUCAAUUGCAGCAGCCGGGUGGUUUAACUCCAUCUCACGGCUACGUGUGUACUGCCAAGAUGCUAGAAAGAAUAUCGUGGCACAUAAGUCAGAUGAUGGGUGGAAGUCCGACGGCAUAAUCAUCGGACCCCUUAGAUGCAAAAGGUUUUCUGCGGCUAUUGAGUGGAACACUCAGGGUGAGCUGAGACUUUACUAUCAGGGGGACGACAAUAGAAUUUACGAGCAUUGCAAGUCUGGUGACAAUGCUUGGCUUAAAGGAUUUUCUUUUGGUUCCUAGGUUUCUAAGUAAUGUCGCGACCGGAUUGAGGGGUGGUACUCGAGAUUUUCGCUCGUCCACAUGGACCUCUUUAUCUUUGAAAUAAAUGAAUAAGAACUGCUGUGAUUCGAGAAUAUCCGGAAGCAAAUUGAUAUUUAGUAAGAACUAAAUGUCUGGCCCUUCUAAGAGAAGUGAGAAUGGGCAAAUAUACCUAGAUAGAUACGUAAACAGAACGGAGUGCAGAGAAUACCCCUGAUCCCGCACCCUACUUUUUACCGCAUAGUUCUCCACUCUGAA